AUGUUGCCGGCGGCUUCGGUUUACAGCCAGCUCGGCGCCUCGGACCCCAUUGUACAGGCAGCCGCUGCGGCACUCGCCUCCUCGGCAGGAAAUCAGGAUUUUAUCGGAACCGGCUCUAAGGACACGACGCUUACAAAGAUUUUUGUUGGCGGAUUGCCAUAUCAUACGAGUGACAAGACGUUGCACGACUAUUUCGAGCAGUUCGGCGAAAUUGAGGAAGCUGUUGUGAUUACGGAUCGACAGACGCAAAAGAGCCGAGGAUAUGGAUUUGUGACGAUGAAGGAUCGUGGAAAUGCCGAACGAGCCUGCAAAGACCCUAACCCAAUCAUCGAUGGACGAAAGGCUAACGUCAACCUCGCCUACCUAGGAGCAAAGCCAAGAGGAAACAUCGCACUUGCGGGUAUG